AUGAUGUCUUCGGAGGAUAGGGAGAUUUUAUAUCCCUUAGUGAUAAACCAACUGUUACAUGAUGGGUACGGAGUAUUCGCUUUAAGCCUGAAGAAGAUCCUGAUUCCGAACUGUGAAACCGUUGCCUCAAACAAACUGCUAAAGCUUGUUAAGCUGGGUCUUGCCGUGUCAAAAUGUAUAUUGUCGCCCUUAAUUUGUCACUUUUUAGAUUUGGAGGACUCGGAUUUGAGCAAAGACUUUACCCAUAUUGUUCAUGCGUUUCAACCAGGUCACCCCAAUAACUCCUCAUUUUUUUCGAACUCAUCUUCAUCGUCCAAUAAUCAGUCAAUUGAUCAGUCGCCUCAGCAGUCACUUCAACAAAAUGGGUCUCAGGGUGCGCAAUUUACCCUUGGCGUAAAUCAGUCCCUAAAGUUGGAGCCUGGCGACCAUGCUUUUAAUUCCUUUCACUUGCCUCUUGGUGCCUAUCAAAGGCAAUGGGUUCAGAUGGCAAACAGAAAUACCAUCAACUUAGAUGGCGAGAUUCAUGAACUUCCAGGGGAUGGAAGUCCGAACAAGCUUUUUGAAUGCUCCUUGUGUGGUAAGGUUUUCAAUCGAAGGGACAAAGUCAAGCGUCAUCUUAGCGAGCUUCAUCACGGUUUGUGCAUGCUUUACCCGACGUGUUUUGUGGCCACCUUUGAUACGUUAUCAACCGCUUCUUACCUGCUCUAUAUCAUUAUUCACUUUUCCGCAGAGCUCAGUCUGCUCACUUACCUACUUAUUUUAAUUCAUGAACUUCGAAGUGAUGUCGGCGGCCGCCUUCCUCUGUUUACUGCGUCUCCACCACAAGCAAAGUCCGCGAACCAGCAGCAGUCCGCAUCGCAACAGGUCUCUCCCGUCACAGUGGUGAACACCACACCGGUAUCGUCAUCUUCGUCACCAACAACACCAGCUCAGGUUAGCGUUGCUUCUCCCCCCGCCACGGCUACCGCCUCCACGACUGCCGCCGUCACCUCGAGCUCCAGCCGUGGCAUGUUCCCCAUCUUUCCAGUCCAAGUGCAACCCCGUGGUCCUCCAGUACCCCAUCGACUGCCAAUUCUGCAGGUGCUACCGCUUCGGUCAAAUCGGCAGUCGCCGACCCCACCACAGCUACCGUCACCGCCACCUCCGUGGAGUCAUCCACACCCCCCUCCGCCGCCCCUCCGCGACCACACCUUACCACAGUGGUUAUACUACAAUGACUACUCCAACAACCAACGCACCAACCCAAUCAACUUGCAGCGAGUCGACAUCCCUCACGCGGAUGUUGUUGUAAAGCUUACCAAACUGUCCUCUCUCUCCCUCUCCCACUUUUGUACAUUAACUUGUCUAUUGUGUCGGUACCUCACCCUUCGCGCCUUUUUAAAUACCGAUUCCUUUACGGAGGAUCCCAACCCUAUCAGACGUUUCAAGAACCUGGACUACUAUAAGCGCGGUACUUUAUGUUACUUUUAA